AUGCCCUCCUCCGUCGCCAUCUGGUCCCUCGCCCCCUCCCCUGCACACACCUGGCUGGCCAUUGGCUGUGACCACGGCGCCAUCCGCAUUGGUGCCAUUGCCAACAACCAGCUCAAGCUUGUCUGCAAGCUCAACCCCUGCAACACCUGUCUCCUCAGCCUUGCCUGGGGAAUCACACCCUCCAAAACUCCUCUCCUGCUCCAGGAGCCCAACAAAUCACAGCUCUUCCGCGUUGCCGGCGGCGCCAACUCCAGUCUGUGCAAGUGGACCGCAGGCUCUGGCCGUUGUCUCAACCAGAUGACCGUUGAGAAACUCCAGGGAGAGCACACACUCGUCUGGACCGUUGCCGUCCUCAAGUCAUUUGAACGUGCUUUGAGCCCUGCUGCUGAGAAGCUGUGCCAAUGGUUAUUCCGCGGUCUGCAAGAAUUUUUCCAAAGAGCCAAACGCAUACAGUCCUAG